UCCAUCACUCUCUAGUCUUACUGGCGAUUUCCUUUGGCUGCGUGAUGAUUGAUGUUCCUCCUCAAAUCUCACUACUCUUGGCGAUUAAUUUCUCGACUGCAUUAGUGUAUUUACCCUUUCUUGUCCCCUCGUCGUUCUGUUUGCCUGAUGGAAUUCCGUCUAGAACUUGAUUAUUGUUCUUCAUGAUCACAGUGCUUGAAAUUACGUUUCGUUCUUGUUGACUUUUUGAGGGAAUUUUGUGUCUUUUGAAGUUGUUGGUAUGUGGAUUGCUCUUGUUUGGAUCCUUGGAUAUGGUGGUGUACUUUGUUUAGAUUUCUGGGGAUGUACCGAAGCGGAUUAGGAGAAUCCUAAUUUCUAAGGUUUACAUCUGAUUUGAUCUGAGUUUCUGAUCCUUAACUUGAACUGGGGUUUGGCUUUUGGGUUGCUAGGGUUUCUGUUGCAUUUGGGUUCUGUGAGUUGUUUUUGAGUUUACCUUUUGAAUUUUGAUAUGAUUGGCCUAGCCCCACUCCCUUUUGUUUAGUUUAGGAGCGGGAUCUGCCCAAGAUAAGUUUUUUUUCUGAAUUGUUGGGUUUAUAUAGAUGGAGACCAACAUUGGGGCCGACACUCGUCAUUUUUACUAUCCGACUACGUCCAAUUUUGUGUUGAAGGAGAAGGAUUUGAUGGGGGUUGGGAAAAGGAGUUUUGAAUGGGAUUUGAAUGAUUGGAAAUGGGAUGGAGACCUUUUCAUUGCUAGCCCAUUGAAUUCCGUCUCGUCGGAUUGCAAGAGCAGGCAGUUGGUCCCAGCCAGUUCGGGAAUCCCUGAAGCUGGCGUUUUGUCAAAUGGUUCGUCUUCUUGUUCCCAUGACACAAAUUCAGGUAGUGAGAGAGGCAAAAGAGAACUGGAAAAGCGGAGGAGGGUUGUCGUGGAUGGAGAUGAAGAAGAAGGUGCCCUCUCUCUGAAACUUGGUGGGCAUGUCUAUCCAAUUACAGAAGGGGAGGUUGCCAAUCAUGUUGACAAAAAUGGGAAGUCCAAAUUGCUUCAGGCUUCUUCGAACCGUGCGGGUUGUCAGGUGGAGGAUUGUGGUGCUGACCUGAACAAUGCCAAGCCUUACUACAAACGGCACAAGGUCUGUGAAACGCAUUCUAAGGCCAGCAGGGUCCUAGUAGCAAAUGUUAUGCAGCGGUUUUGUCAGCAGUGCAGCAGGUUUCAUUUUCUUCAAGAGUUUGAUGAAGGGAAGAGAAGUUGCCGGAGACGUCUGGCAGGACAUAAUAGACGGAGGAGAAAAACACAACUUGAUGCGGUUGUCAAUGGAAGUGCCCUGAAUGAUGAUCGGGCUAGUAAUUAUCUCUUGAUAAGUCUACUACGGAUCCUGUCCAAUAUUCAUUCAAACAGCUCAGAUCAGACAAAGGAUCAAGAUCUUCUGUCUCAUUUUUUGAGGAACCUUGCCAGCCUUGACAGUACGCUUGAUGGGAGAAGCAUAUCUGCAAUCCUACAGGAAUCCCAUGAUACGGUGAAGGUUGGGACUUCUGCUGGAACAUCAUCAGAAGUGGCACCAAGUUUGCUUUCGAAUGGGCUAGAAGCUUCUGGACAUUUGGGCUCAACAACUAAAUUCAACAGAAGUCCUGGUGCUCAGGGCUCUCAAAUUGAGCAUGUUGACCAAUAUGUUGAUUUAGCAACAUCUGAGGUGCCACAGAAAAGAACUAUUACAGGCGAUCAUGGUGGACAUCCGCAAAGUGUAAUAAUUCCUCCAAAACCCACAACUUUGUUUCCAUUAGGAGAUGGCCUUCCAACCAAGGCAGCGGUCCCACAGUUUACUAAUGGGAGGAUCAAAUUAAACAAUAUUGAUCUGAAUAACAUCUAUAAUGACUCACAAGAUUGCAUAGAAGACAUAGAUAGGUCACCAGUCACUGGACUCGAUUGCCCUUCUUGGAUACAGCAGGACACUUACCAGUCAAGCCCACCUCGGGCAAGUGGGAAUUCAGAUUCACUUUCUUUGCAUCCAUCAUCUAGUUUAAGUGGAGUUGCUCAGAACCGGACAGAUCGAAUUGUGUUCAAACUCUUUGGCAAAGACCCAAGUGAUUUUCCUCUUGUUUUGCGAUCGCAGAUCCUUGAUUGGUUAUCCCACAGUCCUACGGACAUAGAGAGCUUCAUCAGGCCUGGUUGUGUUAUUCUAACAAUUUAUCUUCAUAUGGCCGAGUCCACAUGGGAAGAGAUAUGCUGUGAUCUGAGCUCUACUUUAAGUAGGCUUUUGGAUGCCUCUGAUGACAAUUUCUGGAGAACGGGAUGGGUGUAUGCUAGGAUAAAGCAUCAAAUAGCUUUCAUCUACAAUGGUCAGGUUGUUCUAGACACACCAUUUCCUCCCAAAAGUCAGAAUUGUUGCAGGAUAACUAGCGUCAUUCCAAUUGCAGCUUCUGUGUCGGAGAAAACUCAGUUCCUUGUUAAGGGAUUUAAUUUGUCUCGGCCCACCACGAGGUUGCUCUGUGCACUUGAAGGACAGUGUCUGGUUGAGGAAGCUACUUAUGACUUGGUAGUGGGCACUGAUACCACUAAGGAACACGAUGAGCUCCAGAGCCUCAGCUUCUGUUUCUCUAUUCCUGAUGUCAUGGGAAGAGGAUUUAUCGAGGUUGAAGACCAUGGUCUCAGUGGAUCCUUCUUUCCUUUCAUAGUUGCUGAGCAGGAUGUAUGUUCGGAGAUCCGUAUGCUGGAGAAUGUAAUAGAGGUGGCUGAGACUGGAAACAAUGUCAAGGGAACUAUUGAAAUGGAAGCAAAGAAUCAAGCUAUGGACUUUAUACAUGAAAUGGGAUGGCUACUUCAUAGGAGUCAUCUGAGGUCUAGACUGGGUCAAAUGUACCCUAACUUGGCCAUCUUUCCUUUCAAACGUUUCAGGUGGAUCAUGGAGUUCUCAAUGGAUCAUAGUUGGUGUGCUGUAGUCAAGAGACUCCUGGACAUUCUGUUUGAUGGAAGUGUGGAUGCUGGUGAGUAUCCUUCUGUUGAGCUUGCAUUAUCAGAGAUGGGCCUCCUCCACAGAGCUGUACGGAAAAAUCGUAGGCCAAUGGUGGAACUCCUGUUGAGAUACAUACCAGGUGAAGUUUUGGACAGGGCAGGAUCUGGACAAAAGCAACAGGUUGACCGAGGCUCUGAUAACUUCUUGUUUAGACCUGAUGUUGUCGGCCCCGCAGGUUUGACGCCUCUUCAUAUUGCAGCUAGUAGGGAUGGCUGUGAGAGUAUUCUGGAUGCGUUAACUGAUGAUCCUGGAUUGGUGGGAGUUGAAGCAUGGAAGAGUGUUCAUGAUAACACAGGUUUCACACCGGAAGAUUAUGCCCGCCUGAGGGGCCAUUACUCCUAUAUCCAUCUGGUUCACAGAAAAGUUAGUAAGAAAUCAGAAGCUGGGCAUGUAAUCCUCAACAUGCCUGCAGCUUUUUCAGAUUGCAGUACUAACAAGAAAGAAAUGGAUGAACUGAACUUGGGUAAAGUUGCUGGCUUUGAUAUUGAAAAGACGCAAUUGGGAGUGAUGCAACAGUACUGCAAGCUGUGCGAUCAGCGGUUGGUCUAUGGCAACUCCAGGAGAUUGCUAGCAUACAGGCCGGCUAUGUUGGCAAUGGUGGCCAUUGCUGCAGUCUGUGUGUGUGUGUCCCUGCUAUUCAAAAGCCAACCUGAGGUUGUGUGUGUGUUCCGCCCCUUUGUGUGGGAAAUGUUGGAUUAUGGAGCGGUCUAAGAUUGAAUUGGAAUAUGUAUUAGUUUUAUAGGCUGUACAUUGAGGUUCUGUGUAGAAACAGGAGAGCUAUGGAUGAACAUAGAUCCUGCUAAUGUAUUCUGUGCACAUUUAACUGUUUUUUCUACCAAUUGAUAGGUGAUUCCUUUC